CCGAAUAUCAUAUCUCCGUCUCUUUAGCACUCUACCCCCACCACCGUGCCAAAUAUACGUAUCGCAGGGUGUACGCGCGUGUAUACGUUUUGGCUAUACGUGUGUGUCUGGUGUAUAUACGAAUAAGGGUGAAGAGUAGAAGAGGACAUUUUCGUUUCGGGAUCCGUCCAAGUUGAACGCGUUUUAUGCGGAGAGCAGAUCGUCUCCCGCUCGUCAACGUAUGUGCAGUUUCUCUCUCGCUCUUUGCCCCCACCCCUCCGACCUGAACCUUUCCCUCCCCUAUCUAUGUCUCUCUUUCUUUCUCUCUCUGCAUGCGAUUUCUCGUCUCCGUAGUAAGUACGUCUGUCGCUUUCGCCGAACGAACGUUCGUUCGUUCCUCCGUUGAAUCGUGCGCGCUGCUCCUGCGCUUUUCUCGUCUUAUACCUUAUUCCUUUCGUCCUUGUAUAUGACGCACUUGUACACGGUUUACCUUCGGCGUCUUAAGAAAAAGAGGAAGGAAGGAAGGAUUUUACGUUAUCCCGUAGAAGCGCGCGUGCGUGUAUAUUGCCAACGCUGUGACUCUCUCUCUUUCUCUCUCUUUUUCUGUGUAGAUAUGUGUUACGUGUACGUAGUAUGUGACAGAACGUCGUAAAAGAAGACGCGCGACGUUGUCGGAUCGUCGAAAACUCGUCGAAAUAUAAGAGAACGAUAGAAAGACAGACAGGACGAUGUAAUGUGGUGUCGUUUACGUGUAUAAUAUUGUUUAACGAGAGAAAAGAGAGCGUGGUCAAUCGAUCGUUGAAAAAGUGAAGAAGGAAAUACGCAAAGGCCCCCUCCCGCCCCUGGAUCGAUGACUCGUUAGAAAAAUCGAGAGAUCGAGAAGAAGGCGCGAAGAUAGGCGCUUCGAUUCUACCGGUAGUGCACGAGUGACAUUUGGUACGGUGUUAUCGACGAACGGACGUGGCAACGUUGCAUCAACUACACUCGCACACAAGCGAGUACGCACACAUAUAGAGAAAACCAGAAGGGGACUCGGAGCUGCCUAGCUGGCUGGCUGGCUGGCAAGCAAGCAAGCAAGCAAACGAACGAACGAACGAACGAGCGAUAGAGAGCGGGCAAGCAGCUUUCUUGUUCUGAGGACGGUGUCUCUACUUGCGCUGUCUCUUUUCUCUCUGCCUCCAUUGCUCUUGCUUUUCUCUUCUUCUUUCUCUUCCCUUCGUGAUCGUUCAACCGUGCGCGCGCGCUCUAUUCUCCUUUUCUUUUAUCAAUUCUCCCUCUUUUUCUCCUUUCUUUCUUUCCUACCCCCACCACAUCUUGUUAUCUUCCUCUUUCCCCUACUACUCACACUCUCUCUCUCUCUCUCUCUCACUUAAGGCAUCCUUACGCAUCACUACCGUUGAGAACACCUCCCUCCCUUCCCUUCCUUUGCCUAAAGUCACUCACUCUCUCUUUCUCUCGUUCUCUCUCUUUCUCUUUCUCUCUCUCUCUCUCUCUCUCUCUCUCUCUCUCUCUCUCUCUCUCUUUUCCUCCCUACUCGCAACCAAGAGCGACUCGGGCGAGUCCAUUAGGUUUCUGAGGGAAGUUCGGCAGACCUCGGCUCUAGUCGGCCUCGAUCUGCAGAAUGUGUUAGACGGUCCAAGUUGGACGCCUCGGUUUUCCGAUAUCCGCACCCAUAUUCGUUGUUUCGUGGCCAUGGACAUUGUCGAACGAUCUUUGAUCAUUGUUCAGUGAUUCAUCGAUCGGUCAAUUUACGAUAAAUUCUCAAUUUUCUUGGCCCGUCUAAGACGCGUUCAGACAGCGUAUAUCCAUGCGACGGCCAUGUUUGGUGUUUACGAGGCGAGGGAAAAUUGCUGACGUCACGAGCUCUGAUCUCGCCUGAAGGGAGCAGCAGCAGCACAACAGCGCCAGUAGUAACAGUAGCAGAUUACGAAUGAAACAAGCGAUAACGACAGCGACAACAUAAGAGAGAACAAGACGAUCUAGCACACGAGUGCCGGAAUAAAAACAAUUUUACCGCUCGAAUCCAGUUUAAAUAACGUGAGUCUUCGGCCAGUAGUUGCUAAAGACACUGCAAGGAGAUUCGGUGCACGGAGUAACGAGACGGUUUUCUUAUUUCGAUAUUAAAAGGAAAAGAAUAAAACGUGACAAGAACACAAAAUAACUUGAUGCCAAACUAUAUAGGUCAUAGAAGUGACACGAAUUAAUUAAGACGAGUUUAAAAGGCACGAUCUACCGCGUUAAAUUCGUUUUUCGAUGAGACGUGCGCGUAGGCUAUCCUCGCUCGUCUCCGCCGGUCUUACCGAACUGUUAAACAUUUCCAAAAACAUUGGUCGCAGUAGCAGCACGCCGUUGCAAUAGCGCGGCCUAACCGUGAACUGUUCGGCCACCAUUACAUUACCGUCGUUCUAGCCGUUGUCCCAGCCGUCGUCCCAUCCGUCGUUCUAGCCAUCGGCUCUAUCUCUCUUUCUUUCUUUCUUUAUCUAUCUUUCUCUUUUCCUCUCGGAGAAUCGUGUUACACACGAUCGGUGCGAAAAACAUUGUGCAAUGCCGUAUAGUGUUCUCGCAGUAAUCGUCGUAGUUGUAUAGCGUGUAGAACGCGUCAAUACGUGCCGUUUCAUCCUAACGACGACAAUCGACCGCCCUGAUAAACGGAUGUUUUAAAUGCAUUCAAUGUUUUUUCAAUCAAUUUAGAAACAAUCACUACCCUUGCUUUAUUCUGCGUGAGUGUAUAUUAGCGCGCAUUUUUCAUUAAAACGUUGUACUCAAUCGGCGCAACUAUUUCAUCGAUAAUCCACGAGACAUUCCUAUGACUGUGAGAAAAACAAAUUUGGUGCAUCUCAAUGUUGCCAUCAUCCUCGAGGUUUUUUCCUUCCCAAUUGUUAUCGUCGUCGAGCGUUACGUACGACGGUAGCGAGAAAUCUCUACAGACGAUAAUGAUGAUGGUGUUGAUGAUGAUAAUGAUGAUGAUGAUGGUGAUGAUGAUGAUUUCGUUACGUGCGUAAAAUUGAUCUCUCUGUGCAAUAUAUAAGUGUUAUUUUCUUCUUCUUUCAAUCAUACACACGUGCGUCUGCCUGUGUAUGCUGCCGUGGUGCGUUGUGUUGUGUGUGGAGUGUGCAUGCGUGCGCUCAGUGUGUCAUCAGAGUCAAAAGUGUAUAUGUGAUACACGCGCGUGUCCCGUUGCAUACGCGAUUCGUGUGUUGUUUGCAACGACACCAUUUCAUUUGCGCAGAGUAGCAGUGUCACCGGUGCGUAUGAUCGUCAAUCUUGGACGGUAUAUGAAACCGUCGUCAAAGUGCAUCAACCCUCUGUCGAGGAAAACGACGACGACAACAACAACAACAACAACACCACAGUGACUACAGACAGUAAAUAAGUGUCAUGGAUCUCGGUGACAGGGUUUACGCCGCCGAGCGGAUCACGAAGAAGAGGGAAAAGCGGGGGAAAGUGGAGUAUUUUGUUAAAUGGAAAGGGUGGAGUAAGAAAUAUAACACAUGGGAACCCGAAGAGAAUAUUUUAGACGUCAGGUUAAUCGAAUUGUACGAGGAAAGUUUACGAGGAGAUGUAUCAUCGAGAAGGCCAAGACGAAGGGAUACGAGAUACAACGAGCAAGUAUUAGCGAAUCUCGUGGUCGUCGAAGAACCUGGCGGAGACGAAAGGGUAGGAGAAGAUAGUCAGGACGAAUCAACGACUGGUAGCACGUCCGCACCGCAUUUGAAUCAUGUUGCCCCCGACGAGGACACAUUACCCAGUUCGUUGGACGGACAAGAAUCUCCUACGCCGCCUGAAUUAUUGGCAUCCACGUUUAGCGUCGAUUCAGACAGUUCAAACAGUAGCGUUGACAUAGCGUUACUACCAAGGAGAGAACCAGCUGGUACUAAAAGAAAAGCCGAGGUUCUGAGUAAAGAGUCUGGAAAAAUUGGUGUUACGAUUACUACCAGCAGCCCAAGCAGUGGGAGCAGUGGUAGUCCACCACCGAACAAAAUACCACGUUUAUUGCCGUUAAAAGGCAAUUCACCGUCGUCUUAUCAUGGGCACAAGGUGAACGGUAGAAGACUAUCAUCUUCUAGCGUGAAAUCUACGCCCGAAGAACCAUUACCAGCGGUACCAACGACGUUGGCACCACCGGUGCAAGACAAGAAACGACCGGAAGCCGAUGUACCUCACGGUCCACUACCUUCUCUACCCCGUACUCCGUCAGCUGCUUCUUUGUCUCCACAAGUGGACACACCUCUAGAUCAACCAGUGAAAAAAAGGCAUUUACCCGAACAAAAACCAGAAAAGACUAGCAACAACUCCACGACGGUAGAUGCCAAUGGUCACAAAUCACCGAGUCCUACAGAUUCUUACACAAAUAACAAUAGGUUAACCGCGAUAGUCAAUGGUCAUCAUAGCCAUGAUAGUAAUGUUAAUAAUAAUAAUAAUAAUAACAACAACAAUAAUAACAAUAAUAAUAAUAAUAAUAACAAUAAUAAUAAUAAUAAUAACAAUAACAACGCAACAAGUAUCAAACAAACCGAAAUAAUGAGGCCGGAGAUGUACGUUCCUUUAUCGAAUCCCGGUACAGAGUAUUGGCACGCGAGAAAUCCAGUUGCCGAUCAAGUAUUCAUAACAGAUGUCACCGUGAAUCUUAAAACGGUUACCAUUAGAGAGUGUAAGACGGAAAAGGGAUUUUUUCGUGAAAGAGACCCGAAAAGCGACAUUUAUUAACCCAUUUUACGAGGAUGAACAAAUAUAAACGAAAGGGUACGGUGAUGAUUCCCUUUGACUCGUUGUAUUAAAUCGCUGUAAAUACAUAAAUUAUUUUCACACAUCGAUUAUUAUGUGUCUGCGCAAGCAACUCGUCAUCGAGAGCGAUUAAAAAAGAGAAAAAAAGGAAAACAAAAAAAACAAAUUUAACUUCUUAUAUUAACACAUUUUUAAUUGUAAAAACUCGCGGUUGCGUUGUUGAGGAGAAACGUUUAUAAUAACGAAUUGAUAAUGAGAAUGAUCGAAAGAUUGUCGUAAUUUAUGUUUUCUCUUGCUUUCAUUUAACGCUGCCUAUCUGCCUGCCAACGAUCGCGACAAAAUUAUAAUAUGAUUUUAUUGUUAAUAAUUACACGCGUUUAUAUCGAUUCGUUUCAAUUUUUAUUUGGUUUCUCGUUUUAUUUUAAUUAUUGCAAAAAUAUGCGAGCUACCGUAAGAAAGAUGUGUGUGGUUGUGUGGAUUUGUUAUCGUGAGAAUACGAUACGAUGAUGAUUAAAAUAAUAAUUAAACGUUCGUUCUUAUAAUACUACAAAUCGGUGAAUAAGGAAAGAAAAUGAGAGAAAAAUAAAAAACGAUAUUGUGAUUGCACGACAAAUUUACUCGGAAGUUAAAAGCAUUAAAGAAAUGAUGAUGAGCCGCACCGUCGAGUUAUUAUGAUAAAAUACGCACUACAGUGCAUGUUUUAAAACGCUUUAUAGAACUUAGCUGCUCAAAACACGAGAAAGAAAGAGAGUGAGAGAGAGAGAAAGAAGGAAAGAAAGAAAGUAUAAUGUGCGUCAAAUUGUACACGAUCAUAUAAUUACUCGCCAGUAAUUUUUGAUUUGCGUUAAGAAUUUUAUCUUUUAUUUCUUCCUUUUUAUCUUUUUUUUCAAAUGGAAAUAUUGCGUGAAUAUAAACGUUUUAUCUUUUUUUCUUUCAAUUUCUCUGUUUGCGAGAUAAGCGUGUUAUUUGAAAAGAAAUAAACUUUGUCGUACGUUUUCGUGUUUUUCUCAAUUACGUUACGUUUUAUUUGUUAAUUCGCGUUUUGUAUUAUUUAAAUAGAUAUAUAUAUAUAUACAUAUAUAUAAUACGGAAGCACCAAGUUGAAGGAGUACAUAAAUCUUGAGUCAGAUGAUGCGUUACUGGCAUAAAAAGAAAAAUCCUUGCAGUUUAGAAAAAAUACGUAAAAGUUUGCGUAUUAUGUCUAUUAUGAGAUAUCCGUUUUAUUCAAUCCUACUUUGGUUUUUUUUAUUUAUCUGUAAAAUUAAACCUUAAUAAGCUUAUCAUAACAGCCGAUGCAUUUGUUUAAAUAACAAAAGUUGUCUUGUUUUGAUUUCAUUCGAAUUAAACAUAAUAACUUUAUAUAUAUAUUUCAUUAAGAAAAAUGAAAAAAAAAAAAAAAAAAAAAAAACAAAUUUUCGAGAUUCCAGCAGUUUUUAAAUAAUGCAGUUUAAUUUUCUUAAAUAACAGUCGUGAGUAUUUUAUUAAAUAACAGAUGUUCCUAACUCGAACAAAUUGAAAUUUUAAAUAUUCGUUGUUGUCCAAGCUUCUAAUUUUAUAAGAGAAAGAAAAGAGAGAAAGAGAGAGCAGUUAUAAAAAGCGAAUUUUUUGACAGUAUAAGUCGAUUAUUUAUUUUAAUUAAAUUUUAUCACGAUUAAUUGAAUGAUUUAACGUUAAAUAAUAUAAACGUUAUGAUCGUGUGCACGAUGAGAUGUAUCCCCGUUAAAGAAAAGUUAUAUCUUAAACGUACUAUCUGUGUUCGUCGAUAAUUUGUUUCUUUGGUUUUACUUCUUCUUCUUCUUUUUUCUUUUUUUUUUCUUCUUCUACGUUUUACCGCUUGUCUUUAUCUUUACGUGAAACUUGACGUUAAUAUUAAAAAUUAUUAUUACUUGCAAAGUAAGAUAAGAAAGAAAAAAAAAGUCCCGAAAAUACUAACGAAGCAAGAUCUCUUAAGUUAAUCGAACGUAAUCGCGUGUAUAUAUAUAUAUACAUAUAUAUAUAUAUAUAUAUAUAUGUUACCGUUAAAGCAUAAAAAUCAUUCGUUAAUUCACGAAAUAACUAUACCGACCUGUUAAUGUAUGAAAUAACUAUACCGACCAGUUAAUUGUAUGAAAAUUAACGUAAAAUUACAUACUUUAACAUAUUAAUCGCCAAGCUUAUUAUUUUAUUGAACUUUUCGUUUAGAUCACGAUGAUCAUCUGGCAACCGUAGAAAAAAAUAUAACGCGACCUGAACGAAAAGUUCGAAGGAGAGGAAGGGAGUGUAUUUUUAUUCUAGUGCGAGCACACACCCGUUUUUAAAGUGAUUUUUGGAAAUCUAAUUUAAAGAAACGUUUCAAUCUAUACAGCGUUGCUUUUUUUACAAUUAAUAUUUAUUAUAUAUGUGUUUGAAGUAAAAUCCGACAAUUUUUCAUAGCGUUUUAUUGCAAAUUGUAUAUGUUAGACAGGAUGUUACGUAAAUCAUGUAACGAAAAGUGUUUAUCAUCGAGCAUACUGAUUUAAAACGAACGAAAAGAUAAAAAAAGAACUGAUAACAACAAGAAUUGUUAUAGGAUGAAAAGCAAAUUUUAAUUAGUUAUUUCCUAAACAACUAGUUAAAGUGUAUAAUAAAAUACUUUUUAUAUGGUUUCUCUAAAACGUUUAGUUAUAUAUUUCAUGAAUUAAAUGAAUUAUAUACUUUAACGAUUAACAUAUAUAUAUAUACGUAAUUAUGUCAAGCUUUCGUACAUCUUUCGUAUCCGGGGAUUAAUUGUGUAUAGAUAAGUUCAAUUUCCCAGCAAUUCACAAAUUGCCAUGGUGAAAUAAUUAAAAAGUAAGAAGAAAAAAAAAGUGGAAAAAAAAUAAAUAUCGAAAAAUUGUUGUAUAAUCUUUUGAACACACACUGUAUAUUGGAAGGGAGAUAUCGUGUAAAAAUUGUAAAUAUCAAAAUGAACAAGAGGAAAAAAAAGAAAAGAAAAAAUAAUAAUAAUAACAACAACAACAAUAAUAAUAAUAAUUAUAAUAAUAAUAAUAAUAAUUCGAGCUCUGAAUUAUAAAUCUUUUAGCCGAUAAAAAAAAUUGUAAAUAGCGACAAGAUAUGAGAGAAAGAAAAAGAAGAAAAAAAAAACAGCAAG